UAAUUAUUUUCGCUUUUGAUCUUUGACGUUUAAUAUUGGUGUUUUCAUUAUCAAGUCGCGUAAAAGUUAAAUUAUAUUUUAUUUUCACCUGUGAUGUGCAAAAAUAAACAUUGAGAUUACAAUGAGUCUGGAGCAGGGUGAACAUUUGUUGGCCUUGAAGGUGAUGAGGCUGACAAGGCCUACCCUCAUUGGUCCACAAGUGAUUUCCUGCGAAAAUCGGGAUUUGCCACAACAAACAUUUCGACGUCGUAUGGUAGAGCACGAGAGUACUACUGUGGCCGGUGCGGAAACCUUAGCAGCAGGUCAAUUUAUGCUACUGCCACAAUCCUUCGGCUCCAUAUACUUGGGUGAAACAUUUGCCAGCUAUAUUUGCGUACACAACUGCACUACCUAUUCCGUGGAGGGUGUUACUGUAAAGGCUGAUCUACAAUCUAACACAACGCGUAUUAAUUUACCUAUGAAUGAAAAGCAAGCAAGCUCAACACUUUCGCCUGAACAAACGCUUGACGAUGUCAUACGCUAUGAAGUGAAAGAAAUUGGCACACAUAUUUUGGUUUGUGAAGUGAACUAUACUACGCCUGCUGGGUUUCCACAAUCUUUUCGUAAAUUCUUCAAAUUUCAAGUGCUCAAACCACUUGAUGUUAAAACUAAAUUUUACAAUGCCGAAAUGGAUGAGAUCUAUUUGGAGGCGCAAAUACAAAACAUAACAACGGGACCAUUUUGUCUUGAAAAAGUAGAGCUGGACAGUUCGGAACACUACACCGUCACGCCAUUGAAUACCUUAUCGAAUGGCGAGUCAGUGUUCUCUUCUAAAAAUAUGUUGCAACCAAACAAUAGCUGCCAAUUCUUGUACUGCAUAAAGCCCAAAGCCGAAAUCGCAAAAGACAUCAAAGCUUUACGACAAGCUAACAAUGUGGGUAAAUUAGAUAUCGUGUGGCGUUCGAAUCUCGGUGAAAAGGGACGUUUGCAAACCAGUCAGCUGCAACGUUUGCCCUUCGAAUACAAGGACGUGCGACUUGAAGUAAUCGAUGCGCAGAAUAUUGUCAAAAUCGGUGAACCCUUCACAUUUGUGUGUCGUGUUACGAACACUGCCGAACGCACAAUGGAUUUGCUGGCGAAACUAGAAGCACCACUGGAGUUUGGUUGCGAUUAUACGGGUGCCGCGGAGUUUGACAUUGGCAAAUUGGCGCCAGGCGAACAGCGUGAAUUCCCGCUCACAGUUUGUCCGGCGCGUCUGGGACUAAUUAAAAUCAGUCCAUUACUAUUAACAAAUGUACUGCUGCAGGAGCAGUACAUCAUCGAAAAGGUGGUUGAUGUGUUCGUCGUCGACACAGAUUAUCACGAAGAUGAAGCAUUCCAGGUCAACAAAUUCGUGCGUUACGACAACACUACGUCAACGCUCACGGAGGAGCGCACACUGCAACUGCAAGUUGUUUGAAGACGAUGCAAGUGUGUUGCAAGUGAAAAAUAGUGCUGUGCUCUUCAGUGUUUUGCUAUUUUAAUAGAUAAUUACUGUAAAAACGUGUGUAAUUGUAAACAUAACAUUAACAUUAAUUAUUUCAAA